AUGGAUGACUCCUUUCGAUUUUAUAUCGUUGAUUUAUAUAAUCAGCUCGAACGAGAAUAUCAGCAAUCAUUACCUGCCUCAAUACCCUCUAGUCUCUACCGUGGUCAACGAAUAUGGAAGUCAGAGUUGGAUAAAUUGCAAAAACAGACUGGUACCCUUGUUUCGACAAAUGCCUUUUUUUCUACUACAGAGGAUCGUGAUAUGGCUUUGGGUUUCACCGCUGGAUCAAUUGAUACAGAUGAUGAAAAACACAUACUAAUUGAAAUCGUCGUUGAUUCUCAAUUAAAACGUGUCACUUUUGCAAAAACUAAUGGUUUUAGUAGAAUGAAAGAAAACGAAAUUUUGUUCAAUUUAGGCACCAUUUUUAAACUUCACAGUGUCGGUUUCGAUUCUACGAUACAGAAGUGGAAAGUAAUAAUGUUAGCUACAGAUGAAGGUUACACUAUUGUACAAGACUAUCUAGCCUUAGUAAAGAUUCAAAUCAAUGAAACGGAACCUGUUUUAAUUUUCGGUCAUUUAUUGGAUCAAAUGGGUCAAUUUCAGAAGUCAGCCGCUUAUUUUAACGCUUUACUAAAAUCAAUCCCUGACAAUGUUACCGAUGAAUUCAAAGCAUCGAUACACAACUAUCUAGGUGAUGCUUAUCUUCAUCAGGGACAAGAUAAACAAGCAGUCGAGGAAUACAUCGUUGCAUAUGAUUUACGAAUGGCAAUAUCGACCGAUCAUCCAGGACUUGUUCACUCAUUAAUCAGUAUCGGUGCUACUAUCCGAGCAAAGGGAGAUAGCGAUCGUGCUAUAUUAUGCUUAAAUGAAGUUAAAAUGUUACUGGAAAAACGCUUAUCCAAGACACAAUCAUGGUCUGAUGCAAUAAACGAAGCAAUAACAUUAAGACAUAUAGGACUCGUGUAUGUUACACAGAAGAAUUAUUCUCUAGCUCUUGACUUUUUUGUUGAAGCAUUGACAACACUCAAAGAUAUAAUACCGUCUAAACAUCCUCUGAAUUCAAAAAUACUUUGGGCUAUAGGAAAUAUUUAUAUUGAACAAAACAAUGUGAAAACUGCCAUUAAAUACUAUAAAGAUGCAUUUACAAUUAUGGAAGACGUUUUACCAACCGAUCAUCCAGAACUUUUAAAAAGUUUAAACCAAUUAAUUUACGCAUGCAGUCGAGUACCAGAUGGAGAUUAUGGCGAUCUAUCGUUGUAUGCCACGAAAACGAUCGAUUUACAAUCGAAUGCUCAACCGUGGGACUUAUAUAGAGCUUAUGAUAAGAUUGGAGAUAUUUAUAAGAGUAUAAACAAUCUUGAACAAUCGCUUUUGUUUAAACAAAAAGCAUUAUCUAUGCUAGACAAUACUGUGAUUGUUCAAGCCGAAGAACAUCAGUAUUUCAACAGUAAUGCAAAUGUUGAGCAAGGAAAGGCACGCGACGAUUCAUUGGUGACAAGAAAAGUUUGUACUUUGAGAGAAUUGGGUGAUUUAAGUUUACUAUUAAGCUUUGUGGAUCAGGCCAUUGAUUAUUAUAACAAAUAUAUAGAUUUACAAAUAAAUACACCUGGAUAUUGUACCCUAAUCGACAUAGGAUUCAAAGCUAUUAAUAUUUUCAUUUUUUGUUCGAAAAAUAGUGCUAUAGAAGUGCUCGAACACUGUUAUUCAAAAAUGCUGCCAUCAAUUGAGAUUAAUUUCAAACAAAAUCAACAAUAUGAAAAAAAGCAAUAUUUACAAAAGCUUGCAAAAUAUUGCUGGCAACAAAACGAAUUACAUUUGUGUUUAAGUAUUUUUAAGAAGCUUGAACAAAUACAACGACAAGACCGACACUGGGAAUUAGUUGAUACAUUAUAUACGAUCGGAUUAAUCUAUGUGAAAUUAAAUAAUAAUGAAAAUUGUUUGAAAUAUUUAAAAGAAGCUUUAGUUAUCGAAAAACAAAAUUUGUCCAUAGUCAAACAUAAAAUAACGCUGAAUCGAAUCAGCAAUAUCGAGCAGAUUAUAAAUACUAAAACUAUGCUCAGCUUGGAAUAUCGGAUGUUGCUCGAUACCUAA